ACUAGCGGGCAGCAAAAUGGCGACGGAAGUGACGACAGAGUCUUUGAAAAGAAGCGGCAGCACGAGCUAUAGUGCAGUCUUGUCAAAAUAAAUAAAUAAAUAUAAAAUGUAAGAUGGCAUUACUGGCACCUUACACCAAAAUACCUGAACCCAAUACUGCGACUAUUCUGUUGGUCGAAAGCGAGGAGAAGUUUCAGUCCAGACUAGCCGACGCUAUAGUGCAGCGCGAGAACGACGCCAUCGUCAACGUGCGUCUGGCUCGUAGACUUCCUCUCCCUGUGGAGAACAGCGAGACUCGGCCCCGUGUGGAUCUGGUGGUGUUUAUAGUCAACCUCCUGUCAGAGCACAGUCUUCAGGUGGUGGAGAAUUCCCUCAGUCACCUGAGAUCAGAUUUUUUCCUCGGGAAGGUGUGCUUCAUGGUGACUGAUGCGAGGUGUGGCGCUCUGACUCAGGAGCGGUUGCUCAGUGUGAAGAAACUUGCAGCGUCUCACCGAUGUCCUUUAAUCUGUGCUGAACACCAGACAGAGGAUGGUGUUGCCAUGGCAGCGUCGAGACUCCUCACCCUCCUGAAGGUGUCGGCCGGUCUGUCUCCCGUGGCGACCACAGCGCUCUACCUGUCCACUCUGACCCGCUGCACCGUGCCCUCGGAGCUCGAUGAGGACUGACCUUUCACCCCUUUACCUUUCUCUGAUUCUUUUCAGAUCCUGCAUCAGUAUCAUCCCUGUCGAGAUGCUUAGAGUCUGCAGUUACAAUAGGAAAUUUGAAAAAUGUAUAAAUUUGAAGCUUUAGAAUCAGAGUUGUAAUGUAAUAUAUUUACACUGACCACAAAGGAGUUUUAGUAAAUAAAUCAGGUGGUCAACUAAAAGGUUCCACUGAGGUGCAAAGUUAUCAGCUUACUUACAGAUCUCAAGAUUUUUUCUUUUUGUGUCACUUUUUACUGCACCUUAGUUAACAGCAGGUGGUGCUGUGUCCCUAUAUCCCUGAACCUUGUAGGUUUUCUUAUUUUCCUUCCCCAUCCAUCCUAGCUGAACGUGGUGUGUUCUGCAGCUCCUCAUGUCUUGGUCCUCGUGUAUAAAGUUUUUUUACAUAAUGUAGAUAUGUAUAGCAGUAGCUGUAUGAUUUCUUCUGUGUUUUUAACGCUCUCAGCUUGUCUUUUGUUGCCACAGUGUUCAUUAUUAAACCAUGAAGCUUUUUU